AUGGCUGGAUCCAUGGUAGGGGAUGCUGCUCGGCGAAUGUUUAAUGGAUGGACGAGGUCACGACAAGAAGAAGAUGCCGUGACAAUUUCAAAUAGGGACGAAAAAAAUAGACGAUUAUCAUUGGACAUGUCAUCAUCGUCUUCAAUAUCAUUGUCUCCGUCCGAACCUGUUGUAGAUGAUACAGCACCGCGACUACAUAAAAAGGCAUCGAAUACUCGUUUACCAUCUCAUAGACGUCCAAAUUUUCGGUCAAAAUCACAACCACUUUCACCUAUAGCUAUGGAUGAUAAUCCAUCUACAAUUUCAUCUAACGAUGAUCAAUUGAUCGAUCAGUCAACGGAAACGGAUGAGUCAAAAAUAACAGUGACGAUAAACGUUUCGGAUCCUCGAUCAGAACAUCAAGAAAUUAAUUACGAAAUUGGUGGUGGUGGUAUUUCUGUGAAUCAACUUAAUCAAAAUUUCGAAGAUUCCAACAACAAUAAUCAAGAAAUCAAUUCGAGGAAUGGAUCUUGUCAAACUUCGGUAACAAAUAGUGACGAAACAAAUAGUCACAUAAAUUUUGAUAAUUUAGUUUCACCACUAAUACCUACAACGAAUGAUAAUAAUAUACCGACACAGUUAAAUAAAAAAAAUUCCAAACCAAAAUUGAAGGUGCAACGACCACAAAAAGAACAAAAUGGUUUUUUUACAACUCAAGAAAGUGAAGGUGAAAUUGAAUCAUCAUCAUCUUCUAUACCGAAUACACCAAAGAAUGGACAAGAUUCUACACAAGAAGGAAAUUUUGUAAAACAAGGUAAUAGGAGACGACGAAGAAAAACAAAGAAUUCUAGAAAUAAUUCUCAACAGAAUUCUCAACAAGAAAUUAAUCAUUCAGAACAACAAAAAUCAUUAUCGUCGAAACAUGAUAAUAUUCAACAAAAUAUUAAUGGAUUACCAAGAUCACGACAAUCCGAUGAGAUGUCAUAUACUACUAAUUGGGAUAAAUCAACACAUGAUCAACAAUAUAAUCAUCCUCAACAACCUCGAAAUAAACGAAAUGAAGUAAUUUUUCAUUCAACAAAUAAUUCUGGUACAACUAUUCCAGCUAAAGUUACUUUACCAGAUAUAAACAAAAAAAAAACUACGGAAUUUCCAAGACGAAAUUCCCAAUCAAAUAUCUCAUCAAAUUCUUCAAUGAAUAGAUUUAUUUCUUAUGCUGGAGCUAUUUCAUCUCAAAAUCGACCACCUCCUAUUACGACGAAAAUUUCUCACGAAAUUCCUUCAACUUUACCUGUUUUACCUGUUGAUAGUAAUAUUACAGCACCUGUACCAGCAGCAUCAUCCGUAAGGAGUUCAACGGAUCAUCAAUGGUAUUCACCUUUUGGAUCAGGUCUUUCAAUUCAAUUUAAUUCACCGGUACCACCGGAAGAUAUCCAUAAUAAAUGGACAUCAAAUACAUCAGCUUCACUGUUUUCUUCACCGAUGUUAACAUCAUCAAAUAAUCGUGGAACCUCUACUACACCAUCUUCUCCAAUAUCUACAUCAAAUGAAACAUCAUCAAUUUCAAUGUUUGCAUCAUCACCUUUUUCAACUUUAACGAAUCAUGAACGACGAAAUUCCAAUAUUUCAUUACAAACGCGUCAUUUAACAAAUUUUGAAUUGAACGUAACAGAUGAGAUGAUACGGGGAAGAAAUUUUAAAGGCAAAAUUUUGAAUAAUAAAAAUAAGAUGAGUGAGGGUAUGAUAAACACGGAUCAGGGUCAAAAUGUACCGCAAUUCUCAUUGUUUGAUAAACAAUUAUCAUUCCGCAU